AUGGCUAAAACGCAGAAGAACAAAGCGACAGAGUAUCAUUUGGGUCUACUCAAGGCAAAACUUGCGCGUUAUCGUGCCCAGCUCCUUGAGCCAACCAGCAAAUCAGGACCAGCCGGAGUUGGAUUCGAUGUCCAAAAAGCGGGAGACGCCAGAGUUGCACUCAUUGGCUUCCCUUCGGUGGGAAAAUCCACGCUUCUGAGCAAGACGACGCACACUGCAUCAGAAGCCGCUGCUUAUGAGUUCACAACGUUAACCGCGAUUCCUGGUGUAAUUGAGCAUCAGGGAGCAAGAAUCCAACUCCUGGACCUUCCUGGUAUCGUCGAGGGUGCCUCUCAGGGCCGAGGACGAGGCAGACAAGUGGUUUCGACUGCCAAAACCGCCGACCUUAUCGUGAUGAUGCUAGAUGCCACGAAAUCGGAGGAACAAAAACGACUGCUAGAAAUCGAGCUCGAUGCGGUUGGCAUCAGACUGAACAAGCAUAAACCCGACAUUGUGUUCAAAAGAAGGACGACUGGCGGGAUAUCUUUCACUUCCACAGUGAAAUUGACUAGGACUGAUGAGAAGACUAUCCGAACGAUAUUGGCCGGCUACAAAUUACACAACUGCGAUGUCAUGAUUCGUGAAGAUAUAACGACAGACGACUUCAUUGAUGUUCUCAUUGGCACUCGCAAAUACAUACCUUGCCUCUAUGUCUAUAACAAGGUCGACGCCAUCAGUCUCGAGCAAAUGGACAAGCUGGCGCAUACACCCAACACAGUUGUCAUCAGUUGUGAAAUGGACUUGAACCUGGAUUAUCUCAUUGAACGGAUGUGGGCAGAGUUAGACCUCGUCAAGGUAUACACAAAGAAGCGAGGCGCCCACCCUGAUCUCAGCGAUCCUAUAUGUUUGAGAAAGGGAGCCACUAUUGAGGACGUCUGUAAUGGCGUACAUCGCUCAUUGGCCACCAACUUUCGUUAUGGACUUGUCUGGGUAAGCUCAUUGCUUGGCUGCGCUUUACUCGUCACAAUAAAGGUUGGAUUGUCACACCAAGUCCAAGACGACGAUGUUGUAUCGAGUGAGCCCCCUGAAUUAGCCAAGUCUCGAAAACUGAAUGGACGCGCAUAG